AUGCAGGACAUUGGACUGAAGGCCCUUUUGGUGGCUUGCAUCACGCUCUUCCCAUCUUCUGCGACUGCCUUCUGGCGUCUUCCUUGCCGUGGAAGAUCUGGUCUCGCCCGGCUGGACCCUAUCGUGGAGCCGGGUGAGAUCUCGUCUCACACCCAUGCCGUCCAUGGAGGUGGAAAUUUCGGUAUGAGCGCGGACCAGGAUAUCCUUCGUGAAUCCGAGUGUACCUCGUGUGCAGUGACCCAGGACAAGUCUGCCUACUGGCACCCCGCUUUGUUCUUUAUGCACUCCAAUGGCAGCGCUGAGGUUGUGCCCGAAAUUGGAGGCAUGCUUGUCUACUAUCUUCUGUAUGGCUACGGCAGUGGCGAGGACUACGCCGAUGAAGACAGGAUCACCGCGUUCCCUGAUAACUUCCGCAUGCUCGCGGGUGAUCCCUUCCAGCGUAACUUCUCCUUGCCAGUUCCCGACCCUCCCAAGUCCGAGUGGACUGGUAUCCACGGCACCCAGGAAGCUCUGCGCGCCAAGGCCGUUGGUUUCAACUGCCUGAACUACAAUGAGAAACCCGAGGCCACUCUUGAGCGCCACUUCUUGCCCAACAAGACCUACCUGGAUGCGCACUGUACCGAUGGAGUCCGAUUCGAAUUGAUGUUCCCCUCCUGCUGGAAUGGCAAGGAUCUCGACAGCCACGACCACAAAUCGCAUGUCCAAUAUCCCUCACUUGUCAUGGAUGGCACUUGCCCCGAAGGAUACGAAACUCGCCUAGUAUCCCUCCUUUUCGAGACUAUCUGGGACACCUAUGCUUUCAAGGAUUUCGACGGAUACUUCACACUUGCCAACGGAGAUCCUACUGGAUAUGGAUACCAUGGCGAUUUCAUGCAGGGUUGGGAAGAGGGUGUGCUGCAGGAGGCGAUUGAGACGUGCACAGAUCUGUCUGGUAAUGUUGAAGACUGCCCACUCUUCGAUAUCCAGAGCGAGGACGACCAGCGCAAGUGCGAGUUCCACAUGCCCUUGGCUCUUGAGAAGGAAGACUGCUCAGUUCAUGAUGAGGGAUUGCCCGGCGCCAUGCCUGUUGAGUGGGGUCCCGAACGUGCCAUAAUGAAGGCGAUGUCGAUGGCCACCAGCGCCGCGUCCUUGGUUCUUCCCACCAUUUCCAUUGGCGAUAUUGCGAUUGAUCCCAACACCCUGUUCCACGACUCCCCAGCUACUACCUCGUUCAACUCUACUUCCACUCCCUCGCCAACUCCUACCCCCGUCACUUCCACGAUCAUCGAUCCUUUCACCGAGGAGAUCAUCUACCUCGAGCGUGAUAUUGUGAUUAUGUGUGAUGGAAAUGGCGAGAAUACCUGGACUAGUACCGGUCCCCUCCGCACUGUGUCUUCGACUACAACAACCUUGUCUGUUGAGACCUCUACCAUCGUUUCCUACGUGACGAGGGAUACCAUUCCGGAGGCUGAGGUCCCCGCGCCGACUGCUGCCCAUGCGCGCAGACAUGCUCACCACCGCCAUGAUCACCUGCACAACUAG